AUGGCUUUGUUCCUCUUAGCCCAAAAGAACUUCUCCUCUACUACAGUGAGAAGAGUCCUUAAGCAGACAGUCACAGCUGAUAAAUUGAAUCAGCUGAAUGAAAAGUUAUUAAAAAAGUUAAACAAAAGACCAGAUACAGAUAUUGCUGAAUAUACUAAUCCCACUAAUGAGAUUCAGAGGGAAAGAAUCAACCCAGAUUUUACCACCGUUCAGUUUAAAUUCAACCCAGAAAGAGUUGGUUUAAGAAAGGAUUACGAUCUCUCUGAGGUAGCUGCCGAAAGUCAGCACGCAGUAGUACCACAUGUUGAUGAGUAUGAUCGUAAAAGAGUUGCUACUAUUUACCAGCCAAGCUCUAGAGCUUGUCAAGAUACCCCUCAAAUUGACUGGGGAAAGUACUGGGUUGUCAGCUGGGAGCCUAGACAGUUCUAUAAGUCACCAUUAAUGCAUUAUGGUACUGCUACUAACGAUCCUUUCGGUAAGCAUGAAGUGAAAUUCAAUACUCUUAAGUCAGCAAUCAAUAUGUGCAGAGAUCAGGGAUUCGGAGUUGACAUUAUCAUGCCAAGACAUAGGUUUCACUCCAGACAAGCUUAUAUUGACAAUUUUAACUGGAAAGGAGACCCCAAAAAAGAAGAGAUCGAUGAUGAUUAA